UUUAAACUGGUAUAAAUAGAACAUUUAUAGAUUCAAAGGUUAUUUAUAUAUAGAUUUUCAAGUGUUUUUAAUAGACGAGAACAAUAUAUUUGAAAUCGAAAUAAGAAAAACCCUCGGAAAGGAUCCUCACUGAUGUCGACAGAGAUUAAGAAAAGAAGUGGUGGUUCAGAUAAUGUCACUUCUUCUUUCAAGAGAAGAAAGUCAGUUAUUCAACCUAAAUCAACCAACCCUUUAAACGACGAAGGAAUAUCACAAUGCUUCCAUACUGUUUCCACCUCCUUAUAUGUGUCAUUGGCACCAGUUCAUCUUGAUAAUCCAAUCAAUGGUAUAAAAGCUCAACAUUUAGAUCCAUUAAUCAUGCAGUACUUCUCAAAAGCAAAGGGUGUAGUGUUAGCUUAUUCAAACAUAAAAUUAUCCGAAGAUAAUAUAUCUGAAGAUAGUAAAGAUAGAACAAUCUCAGUAGCAAAGAUUGAAGGAUCAUCUCCAUUCACUUUCUUAUGGAUAACAGUUGACUUUUUAGUCUGGAGACCACAAGUUGGUGAUGUUCUUGAAGGUCAUAUUUAUAUGCAAACUGCUUCACAUUUGGGUUUAUUAAUCCAUGACACUUUCAAUGCAUCUAUAAAGAAAUUCAACAUUCCUACAAGUUGGCAAUUCGUUCCAAGUCAAGUUGAUGAAAUUGCUGAUGAUACUGCCAAUAAAUUCAAAUCAUUCGGAUAUUGGAUGGAUGAAAAUGAAAUCAAAAUUGAAGGUAAAUUACAAUUCACAGUUAAAGCCAUUCAUUCCACCGGUAGAGUUGUAUCUGUCGAAGGUACUUUAAUAACCCCAGGCAGCGAAAAGGAUGCUCAACCACUUUUCAGUGAAAGACGUUCAUCAAUUACGUCUCAAACUACCACCACCAAACAUAAAAGAUUCGAUGAUGCUGAAGACACCAUUGUUGAAAUCCCAGAACCUAAAGAUGAAAAUGAUUUACCUAAAUACGUUAAAGCAGAAAGUGAUGAAGAAGAUUUAGAUGAAGAUACUGCUGUCGUAAAUAAAAAUGAAUCUGAUGAAUCAGAAGAUUCGGAUUAGAGUAUUAUCAGUACUCUAAUAUGUAUAAUAGUUGUCUAAAUAGAAACCCGCAUAAAAUAAAA